AUGGAGUCCCACGAGCUACUUCUGCAGUGGGCAGAGGCACAAGGCAUAGAGCUCAGGGGCAUCCGACCAGACCGCAUCCCUGGCCGAGGCAUAGGCAUCAUCGCGACCAGAAAGUUAAAGGAAGGCGAGCUCCUCCUCAGGGUGCCGACCACGGCGCUCCGGACAAAGUUCACGGUGCCCAAGGAGAUCACGCGAAGGCUGCCGCGCACCAUCAGUGUGCACGGGCUGCUGGCGGCCGAUCUGGCCCUGGACGCGUCGGGCCGGUACGACGAGUGGAACGCGGUGCUGCCGAGCCCGGCCGACGUCGAGGCCAUGCCCUUCUGCUGGCCCCGGGAGCUGCAGGACCUGCUCCCCCGCCGCGCCGCCGAGCUGCUGCGCAAGCAGAGGGCAAAGUUUGCCCGCGACUGGGAAGCCGUCUCCGCCGCGGCCUUCUCCCUGCCCCGGCCCGCCACCGUGGCCCCCGCCACGCCCAUCCCCAGCUCCUCCCCCGCCGACACCGACGCCAAGCAGGACUCGCAACAACAACAGCAGCAACAACACCACGAUACGCAGCCCCUGGACGAGGCCCGGUACAGGUACGCCUGGCUGCUGGCCAACACGCGCACCUUCUACUACGUCGACGCGCGCACGGCCCGGCUCCCGCGCGAGGACCGCAUGGUGCUGCAGCCCGUGGCGGACCUCUUCAACCACGCCACCGGCGGCGGCUGCUGCCCCGUGGCCUUUGGCGACGCCGACUUUACCGUCCGAAGCGGCGCCGCCCACGAGGCCGGCGCCGAGCUCUCCAUCUGCUACGGCAACCACAGCAACGACUUUUUGCUGGCCGACGCGACCUGCUCGAGGCCCGCGACUUCCUGGGCAACUACGCGCUCGACCGCCAGACGGCGUGCUACCGCACCGAGGUCGCCCUGCGCCUGCUGA